AUGUCUGGACGGUCUACAGGUAGGAAUGCUACUGCUCUGCGACGAAUCAAGAAGGAAGGGAAGGUCAAUUUGAAUUUGGUAUCUACUAGACCAAGAUUGAACACACGAUCCCAAUCAAAACGAAAGAAGAAAAGCCCUCGAAUAGAACCCUUGGAUGCCUGGUAUAGGAGCAGGCUUACGGCCCAUCAUGAUGCCGACGAAUUUGUACGCAAAUUGAAAUUAAAAUUUUUCCCAAUACAGGGACGUCACUAUGAUGAGAACUGGCUUAUUUUUGGACAUGUUGCUUGCACUGUCUUCAAUGGCGUGCCUCCCCAUGUUUGCUUCUUGAAUGGAUUACUAGAGGAGUCUGAAGAAGCAGCCGCACAACCUUCCACUGCUUCGGCACGAGCUUCAACUUCCACAUCUGAUGCUGCAAAAAGGCCUGCAAGAGCUGGAUUACUAGAGGAGUCUGAAGAAGCCGCACAACCUUCCACUGCUUUGGCAAGAGCUUCAGCUUCCACUUCUGACACUGCAAAAAGGCCUGCAAGAGCUUCCCCUUCUGUUGCUGGAAAAAAGCCCCCCCCACAAGCUUCUUCCACUUUGGACUAUUGGAAGCCAACUUUGCCAAAGAGAAGAAGAACAGCUGUUGCCGCCAAAGUGCCAGCACCACCAGCACAACCUUCCACUUCUGCUGCAGCGAAAAGGCCCCCACAAGCUCCAUCCACUGAAUCCAAAGAGUCAACAUUGGACUAUGGGGAGCCAUCUACAGCUGUUGCCGCCAAAGUGCCAGCACCACCAGCACAACCUUCCACUUCUGCUGCAGCAAAAAGGCCCCCACAAGCUCCAUCCACUGAAUCCACAGAGCCAACAUUGGACUAUGGGGAGCCAUCUACAGCUGUUGCCGCCAAACCGCCACCACCACCACCACCACCUUCCACUUCUGCUGCAGCGAAAAGGCCCCCACAAUCUCCAUCCACUGAAUCCAAAGAGUCAACUUAUGACUAUUGGAAGCCGUCUUCACCAAAGAGAACAAGAAGACCAGACAGUCAGGAGGGUCAACAAAGUCGGGCAACACAGCUGAGAAUGAAGAAGGAGCUGCAAGCUAUCCUCACAGUUGACGAGUCUGAAGAGGUUAGAGAAAAGUUUGAUGAAGUUCUCGGUAAUUUUGACAAGAAAUUGUUGCAACCCAAAGGCAGUUCCAGAAUCAAACUGAAAAGGCUAGAAGCGAGUACAAUCAGGCAUUGA